AAUGAGCUUCCACUAUCACUCUGUGCUGGUCAUGCAAAGAAAAAACAUAAUCGAGAGACAGGAGAUCCUAAUGACUGGGGUUUUGUAGAGAAUUCCAACUCUGCCGAGUCUUCUCCUCGUGGACUUCCAAAGAUUCGCACAUCUCAACAGUGUCCUCCCAGUGCUCCAAGGACAAGAUUUACUCAACACAGUCUGAAUUCCUUAGAUGCUAGUAAGCUGAGAAUGACCUUCAGUGACGUAGAUGAGACAUCCUCAGAGAGAGAAAGAAAAAACAUGCAAAGAAGACAGAGAGAAACACAGUCUCAAGAAGACAGGCAGACUAGUGCCAUGCAGACCACUCAUGAUAGUCACGGAGCAGUCAGCAAUUCCAGGCUGUCUAUUCAGAGUAAUAAGCCUGCAAGUCAUAAACAAGAUAACACUAAUAAAGUGCCUGAUACUGGUGUUAUUGUUGAACGUCUCAUGCAUCUUCGAGAAUGUAUAAAGCAAGUGACGUCCAUUAUGCAGAAUUUAGAAAAAUCAGAUGAACCAGUCACCAGAGAGCAGAUGUUUAAAUUGGAAGACAUGCUAGAUCAGUUAAGGCAAGAUGAACAAGAACACUUGGAACUCUUGCAACAAGUCUUAGCUGCUAGGGAAGAUACUAAUACUUCUGAAACACAAUCUACACCCAGCUUUGCCAAUACUGCAAGUCCAAAUGUAACUGCAAAGAAAGAGAAAGCUGUCGCAGAGGCUGAAGCUAGUCCUGUAGAUAAACGAAAUCAGCUGUUAAAGAAAAUGAUUGAUUCUCAAGAAAAGUUGGCUGCUCUGAAAGAACAACAAGAAAUGCUGAUGUUUCUUCAGAAGAAAGCUGAAUACAAAUUGGCUGAAGCACAUAUUUAUCAUGAUGCCAUUAAAGAACCACCUGAUCGUGAUGAAGGUUGGAAUAAAGAUCGUGGUAAUGACCACAAGGGUGGUAACUCUCUGAAAAUGGCAGAAUCAGGACAAGUGCAUGACUCUAGCGUUGGUGCAUACGAGACAUGGAAUGAUCUGGAUUCUAACUGGGGACAAGCUGCCAGUACAUAUAUUCCUGUGUCCACUAGGAAUAAAGAACCUCAGAAUUUUCCUGUGGAAGAGGAAGCUAGAUGUGCAGCUCCAUCUGUUGGUGAGAUUGAAAGGUCUGUUCAUCAGAAGCUGCAGCUAUUGAAAGAGAUAACAGAUCAUACUCAGAAGGGUGAAGAAUUAGUUAGAGAUGUCCCAGAAGAAGUUGUUGUUAGCUGGCACAAAAACAAGUUAGAAAACAAGCUGAUAGAACUGCAGGAGAAGAAAAGCCAAAUGGACCAACUGUUGAGGGAACUAUCAAGUUUACAAGGAGGAAAUUUGUUAGGAUCUCAAACUGCUGUAAAACUAAAUCAAAGGGCUUCACAGUCAUUAUCUGCUGACACUACUCUGAAAGAAGCCCAACAACUGUUGGAUUCAUUUGAAACUAGAGAAAAAAUGAGAAAACUGGAACAUAUGAAGAAGACACUGCAGCAACUAAGAUCAAUGGUAGAUAACCUGCAAGAUCCAGAAGCAGCAGAAUUCCAGGAUUACUUCAACCAGCUGCCCAAAGAUAAUAGACAAGAAACCAAAUUCCUCGGACCAAGUUCCCAGGCUUUGGCACACGGUGAUGCGAAGCAAGCACCUUUACCUCCCUCGAGACAGGCUAAAAAAGACAACCUCAGGCGAGACCAGCAAGAUAGGUUUCCUGCAAGAAGGCAUUAUGAAGCAGAGGGGAGUGCAAAUGAAGACUCUGACAAUGUAGCUGGACAAGGAGCAGUGUCUCAGCCACCUCCAUCUACCACUCAGAACCCUAGUGAAACUGAUCUAGAAAUGCAAGAUAAAGUCAGGAAGCUACAAGCUGCUAAAGAUAAACUACAGAAGUUACAAGGGUUGCUGAAUACAGUUCAGCAGUCCCAAGAUACAGGUGAAACAGCUCCUCAAGCAUAUCUCCAAGUUUUAGAUUCAAUGCAAGAUGAGCACAAACCCAACAUACAAGAAGCACAUGGUGGAUUUGAAAAAAAGACAAGACAGCAACAACAAGGAGUCACCAAAUUAACUGAAGUAGGGGAUUAUGUGGAACAACAGCAGCAGGAACUAGAACACCUUCAAGAGGAGAGGUACGAGUUAUUGACUAUGCAGGAACAGUUAUCACAGCUGCAACAGCAUCUUCCUGAAGAGAUCUUACAGAACUAUGAACAGAGAUCAUCUGGAGAAGGUGGAAGCUUGAAAAGAGACUAUCCAUCUGCUAUGGCUUCUCAGAUAAAACCAGAAGCAAGUGGAAUGUUAAAUGUUCCUGACCGAGAAGAUAAUCUGGUAGAUUUACUGCAGAACUCCGUUCCUGGAGUAACAGGUAAUAGGUCUCGAUCAGAGUCGUUGUCAAACAAAAAGGAUGUAAACUUGCCCAAAAAUUUGCCAGUAAGGACUAAAUCUAAGUUGUCGGGUAGUAAACUAGAAGGUGUUGCCAGGGAAGGAAUGGAAGCUUUAGCUUCAUUGGGUGCUGAGCUAGAUCGAAGCCUGUCUUUGAGGGAUGAGCUUCGAAAGCAAAAGUCUAUGUUAGAAGAACUUCUUCGUCAGGAACGUACUAAACAACUUGGCUAUACUCAAAACCAAGAUCAUCCUAGCCGCAGCGGGUCAUCUGUGAAGUCUGAACCUGUCGAGGGCUCAAAUAGUGUCCUAGCUCCAGACACAACAGCUGCUGCCACCUGGGGAGGAUCUAGUACUCAGGAUAACCUGGAAGAUGAAGCAGAAGAAACAUUAGAAAGUCCUGAUGAACGUGAUGAAGAUGAAG